AUGCAUUCCAUGGUGGAAAUUGGGAUUAGAAAAUCCUCUUUGCCUCCUGACUCUUGAAAAUGGACCAUGAACAGAAUGAAGAAGACAUGAUCCUGGAUCUGGAAUCGGAGCCUGAAAGUCCACUAGCACCCCCUGCAGAUCUUCUGGAACAACUAGACGGCUAUGAAUGGACUCUGCGAGAUGGGAGAGGAAAAAAUCUGCCACCACCUGCAGACUUACUGAGAAAGCUCAGUGAACAGAGAGACAGGCCCAUAUUUCCAGAACACAGGAUUCCCACAAUGACAGAAGACAUGGCCAGGAAUGCCUUCCUCAGCUUCGUCAAUUCCAAAUGCUGCUAUGGCAAUAAAGCUGCCGGAGAACUGGUCAUUCAGGAUUUGAGACAGAUGACCAUAUACAGAUAUAGACUGGAGACCUAUCAUGAAUCAAGGCUAAGUGAAUGGACUUUUCAACCUUUUACUAAUAAUUUGGUAGACGGACCACAAAAUGGCGCUUCUCCUCGGCCAUGGGAUAUUAAGGUCCAGAUGCCGCCAAUGUUUCAGGAUGAUACAAAGAAGUUCCGAGUACCUCACUCUUCAUUAGUGAAGGCAUGCCACAAAUGCCAGGGUCGUGGCCGACACAAAUGCAGCGCUUGCCAUGGUGCAGGCAGGAUGAGAUGUGUUACGUGCAGUGGGGCCAGACACAGGAAAAAGCAGCAAAAGCGGUGCAAGAUGCGUUCAGGUACUGGACGUAAAAGGUGCAGCACCUGUUCUGGGAGGGGCAACAAAACCUGUAUGACAUGCCAGGGAGAGAAAAAGCUCUUACAUUUCAUACAGCUGAUAAUAACCUGGAAGAACAAAGUGUUUGAAUUUGUUUCUGAGCACCAGCUGAACUUUCCAGGAGAGCUGCUCAGUAAAGUCAAUGGAGAGAAUGUAUUUAAAGAUGAAAAUGUUCUGGUGUAUCCCAUCAUUGACUUCCCUAUACCAGAGAUUUCCCUAGCUUCACAGAGAGCCAUCACAGAGCAUAAUGCAGCAUUCGCCACAUCAUCACGCAUUCUACAGCAGCGCCAGACUAUUGAGCUGAUCCCCAUCACAGAAGUUCAUUAUCUGUAUGCAGGGAAGACGUACCUGUACUAUAUCUAUGGACUAGAAAACAAGGUGUAUGCACUGGACUACCCAGAGAGGUACUGCUGUGGCUGCACCAUCAUAUGAUGGCAGUGGAAUGCUUCCAGAGUCCUUCAGUGUGAAACAGACAAUAGCUGCACUUACAAUGGCAAUAUUAACGUCCCGUGGAUGCACCACCAGCAGGGUCAGCACCAGAGGAAGAAACAGCAUGGCAGGACCUGGGUAUUUUCAUCUGGCCCCACUCAGGGUACAGUUGGAAGACAUGAUGGUAAUAACUCCUGAGUCCUGUUUACUCUGCAGCUUUAUCUAGUGCUAUUACCCAAGGAACUGCAUGGACCUAAAAUUUCCAGUGUAGAUGAAGUCAAUGAAAGAAGAAAACAAACCUCACCAGGAGAGAGAAUAAGGAACACAACUCACAUACUCACCAAUGCUAUUAGCAGCUCAAAGCCUGAUUCAGCUCAUUAGGGUCAAUGGAAAGAUCAGGCCUUCAGAAAAGUAUUUCCACCUGAUGAUGCUUUGGAUGUUUUGUUUGUUUCUUGCUGUAAUGAUUCACCAUUAAAAUGUUACAUAUUUUUAAGCCUUUUUUUUACAUUCAAGGUUAUGCUACUUAUGAUUGAUGCGUUCUUUUCUCUAUUCUUUUCUUUGUUAGGAUUUCCCUGAGCUACUACAUAUAACCC